AUGCCACCGAAAAAAUCUAACCUCAACAACGAGCGGAGCAGAGAGGCACGACGCAAACGUGUUGAAAGAGCUCAUAAGUCGGCAGAACAAAUCACAACUAGAAAUGCAGCUCAAAGAAUCAGGACAGCAGAGGGUUGUGCACAAGAAUCUCAAGAACAGCAUGAAGAACGUCUGCGACAGACUAUUACGAGAACAAGAGCGGCACGAGAACGAAACAUAGCUGCAGCACGAGUACAACAGCGACAGAGGCAGCAGACCAGCCGCUCAUUAAUACGUGCAUCAUUUGUUCGUCUUGCUUUCGAAUAUGCACCAGAUAUUAACUACUCUGCGCAUCCAAAAAUUGGUAUCGGUGCAAUGGAUAAAGUAUGUCAAUAUUGUCAGGCAUUGAAAUUUCGGAAUGAAACACCCGGCAUGUGCUGCGCAUCAGGAAAAGUUGUGCUGUCACCUCUACCCACUCCGCCGGAACCUUUAUUAUCCCUUCUUGCUGGCGAGUCAGACGAUUCAAAAUUAUUUUUGCGUAAGAUACGCAAAUUUAAUUCUUGCUUCCAAAUGACGUCAUUUGGGGCAACUAAAAUUUGCGAUAUCGCAUCCAAUGGGCGUAAUUUUGAAACUACAUUCAAAGUACAAGGCCAGGUGUACCAUAAAAUCGGAUCAUUGUUGCCAAUGCCUGAUGAUGAUCCAAAAUUUCUUCAAAUUUAUUUUAUGGGCAAUUGUGAAGAGCGCGUGACAACUCGGUGCCAGUAUAAUUUCAUUGACCAAGCACAGGAAAGAAAGAUUGUGUUAUUGCUGGAAAAUUUUUUAGACGAUCAGAAUCAACUAAUUCGAUUGUUUAAAAGAGUUUCGCCACGAUUGCAAAAUGACAACUAUCAAAUCGUCAUAAAAGCAGACAAAGUACCAUUAGGUGAACAUGCUGGCAGAUUCAACGCUCCAACUGUUGAUGAGGUUGCCGUUAUUAUGGUUGGCGAUCCAGUUGACAGAAGAGCUAUAAAAAUUACACGGCGAGACAACACUGUCAGUACCAUUUCGGAUCUACACCGUUCAUAUGACGCACUGCAAUAUCCAUUAAUAUUUUGGCAAGGACAGGAUGAAUAUCACCUUAACAUCAAACAGUGUAAUCCAAAUACCGGUGCUGAAGGAGAUAAAAAAACUAGUUCAAUGAACUACUACGCACACAGAUUGAUGGUUAGACUAAAUCAGAACAACUAUAUCCUUCGAUAUCGUCAGCUAUUCCAUCAAUACAUUGUUGAUAUGUAUGCUAAGGUUGAAAGCGAACGAUUGCGGUUCAUUCGAUACAACCAGGCUAAAUUACGAUCGGAAGAAUACAUUCACUUACGAGAUGCUGUUGUUGGAAAUAUCGAUGGAAAUUUAAACCCCAAUGACAUCGGUAAUGCUUUCAUUUUACCUUCAAGCUACAUCGGCAGUCCACGGAACAUGCAGGAAUACAUACAAGAUGCAAUGACUUACGUACGUCAUUACGGCCGACCAGAUUUGUUCAUUACAUUCACAUUUUUUGGUAUCACACGUUGUUGGCUGUAUUCGAUUGAGUGGCAAAAGCGAGGUUUGCCUCAUGCCCACAUUUUAAUUUGGCUUCAAGAUAAAAUCCGUUCUGAAGAAAUUGAUCAAAUAAUUUCAGCCGAAAUUCCAGGCCCAUCAAUUGAUCAAAAAUUGUUCGAUAUUGUUACCAAACACAUGAUCUACGGGCCGUGCGGUGCUUUGAACAUGACGUCACCAUGCAUGGAAAAUGGAAAAUGCAAGAAAAAUUUCCCAAAGCCGUAUACGAAUGACACUAUCACGGAUAUUGAUGGUUAUCCAAUGUAUCGCCGCAGAAAUACUGAUAAUGGUGGCCACACAUUCACAAUGCGACUGCCGAAUUUUACAAAUCAAGUAGAAUUUGACAAUCAGUGGGUGGUACCAUACUCACCAUUACUUUCAAAAACUUAUGAGGCUCAUAUCAAUGUCGAGCUUUGCAGUUCUACAUUGAUAUAUAGUGAUGUUCCACGUUAUUUCACAUGGAACAAAUCCGGUAAAAAAUGGGAGCCACGAAAACAAGGAAAACCACAUCCUUCCAUUACAGGCAUAUUCAAAGCUAAGACAUUGGGGCGGCUUUACACGGUACAUCCGAAGCAACGUGAGUGCUUCUAUUUACGUUUGUUAUUGGUGAAUGUUCCCGGACCAACGUCUUUUGAAUUUUUGCGAACAUUUAAUGGCCGAGUAUUCAAUACAUACCAAGAUGCAUGCCGUGAACUGCAUUUGCUAGAAGACGAUAACCAUUGGGACUUAACGCUUGCUGAUGCUGCGUUAACAUCAACGCCCAAUAACAUUCGUCAGCUGUUUGCAAUUGUUUUGACGACAUGUUAUCCAUCGCAGGCACAAUUUUUGUGGGAAAAAUAUAAAAAUUGUAUGACAGAAGACAUAUUGCACCGAAUUAGACAAACAGAUCAAUGCCAAAACAUUGAUUAUACGCCACAGAUGUAUAAUGAAGCGUUAGUGCUGAUCGAGGAUUUAUGUGUUUUAAUUUCAAAUUUACCACUUAAUCAUUAUGGUAUGCCAUCACCUGAUCGCCCAGCCACCGACUUAGUCAACACCGAUUUACAACGAGAAAAACAAUAUGACCAUGGUAUUUUAGCAACAAUUAUCGGGAACAGUGAGCCAUUAUUGACAGCAGAACAAAAAAUUAUUUAUGAUCGGAUUAUGCUGACUGUUGCUGAUGAGCAAGGCGGGUUUUUUUUUCUUGGACGCACCAGGGUGGAACCGACGCAGCAACAAGGUCAGGAGCAAGUUGAGGAGCCAUUGACAGCUUAUGCCGCCGUGCGCUUAAUGCCAAAUAGAGAUCCUGUGCAGGCGUCGUUGCUCAGUGACGGCCUUGACCGGCCUUCCUGGUUACAGUAUCACUUGUUUGGAAUGAUUCCACAUCCUAGAUACCACUUUCGGUGCCACUUGUAA